UUACAACAUGGAUGACCAGAGUUUCAAAGAGAAUGUGGGCUUCUGGAUUAAAAAUCUACAACUUAAGGUACCAGACUCAGUGGUCCUGCUUGUGGGCACUCAUGUUGACCAGUGCAAAGAUGAGACUGAGGUGAAUGAAAAGAAAAAACACAUCAAAGAGCAGGUAGAGGAAAUGCUUGAAAUGCAUACAACUAAUUUAGAGCUCCGGAGGAAGAACCUCCAGCUUGAGGAUGACCCCUCUUUGAACUGUGAACAGAUAAAUCAGAUCGAAAGACUCACUGAGUACAAACUAAAGGUCCUUGACUUUGUACCUAUAGAUUGCACUAAAAAGGGGGACAUUGACACACUACUUACUCACAUCAAAAAGGAGGUUUUGAACAAAGAGAUAUUCCCCAACCUAGAACAGACAUUACCUAGAUGCUACUAUGAGGUGGAGAAUGAUAUCCAAGAAUUUCUGGAGAAAGAUGACAUUCCAGAGCAUGGAAUUGUGAAUCAAGAUGAGCUCUUGUGGAAACUGAAGAAUAGACAUGUUACACUGGACGAUGACAAACUGAAGUUAAUUCUUCAGUAUCUUCACCGAAUAGGUGUCAUUAUGUGGUACAAGGAAAUCCCAGAGUUGGCGGGUUCUGUAUUUGUAAAACCAUCAUUCCUGAUCUCGUUGUUUAAGACUAUUGUGAGACAUGACCUAGUCCAGGAACUGAACAAGAUUCCCAUUACACAGCUGAAGUCAGAAAAUACACCUGGAAUAGAGAGGAAAAGAUGGAUCAAUGACUAUAAAGACAAAGCAUCCUUAAGCAAUGUGGCUAUUAGGAUCCUGGUGCAGAAUGAGCUCCAGAAGAAUUACUGCAUUACUGAUGAAGAGCUAAUUAAGGAGGUCGUUGGGUCCAGAAAGAAGGAGGGGAGUCUUCUUUCACUACUAAAACACUUUGAUGUAUGUUUGUCAACCAAACAUAACAGUCCUCUCAAUCCAAAAGCCAACGAAUUCAGUCCAAAGGAAAACUGGGUGGCCUCAAGUCCAUCUGUGUAUGAGCCACAAGAUGCUUGUCUUUUCCCAAGUUUCCUGUCAAACAACGAGCAGGUAAAGCAGAGGUGGGAAUCAGACAAUACAGAGGACCUCAACAUCCAUGUGUACUUCCUACCUGAGGUACCACAUGGUUUCUUCCACAGGCUUGUCAUCAGGACAUGCUCCUUAUACUCUCCACAUUGGAUAGGAAAAGACCAGUGUAUGCUGUGCAGUGGCAACAAACGUUUUCUGCUCAAAGAAGGCUGUGAUGAAGACCAGUUCAUUGAGAUCCGCUGCAAAGAGAGUGACCUUGAAACCUCAGAAGACAUCCAGAAAGCAUGGAGAGUAAUAAGGGAGAUUAUGAAACGACUGAACACACUGACAGAGCAAUGGCAAGGGCUGUACCAGCACGUCGUCAGUCCCUGCAAGGCCCAGGGGUGUGAGGAAUUCUUUACAUGGAAUGACUGGAAAGAAUGGUUAGAAGAUUCAGGAGCAAACAUAUUUAAUGUAGGACUAGAGGACAAACAAACUUGCCGUAAUGGUCACCAACGAAGGACGGAGUUGCUGUUCCCUAAAACUUCUGAUGCCUAGACCUGAAUGGAGGACACAUAUAACAAAUAAUAAUAUAAAAUAAAAAAUGUAAUUGAUUUUAUGUAAAAGGUAUGAUCACCACAUCAGUCUACAAAUGUGACAUUCCUUAAACAGUUUGAAGCACAACUUGUAUGCUAUGUUUACAUGAUUAAUUCAUUAAUAAUCAACCUUACUGUAACCACAGAAAAUGAAUAGGCUACUAAUGUCUGUCUUAAUAUUUUUGCAAAGUAUAAUUGCUCCAAACCACUGAUCUAGUAGCCUGCAUCCUAUUUAAUAUAUAAUUUUGUUGUUGUUGUUUUUUUUGUCUAGAAUGGACAAUCUAACAUUUUUUAGGUGAAAAUACACACAAUUUUUGUAGUCUAAUCUCAGUAAGAAAUUGUUCAGUGGAUUUGUUGUCUUGUAGAAUCGUAUUGUCGCCGCUAGGGGGUGAUCUAUUCAUUUAAGUUACUCAUUUUGUUCGAGAACUAUUUGUGGAGGGCUAAAGUCUUGCUGUUGUGGAGUCCUGGCUUUAUCAUGUUAUGAAUUGUUCAAUAAAGUUAUCCACAUGCCAACGUACCAUGAAAUUUA